AUGUUUACAACAAGAUUUGUCUAUAGAUUUGCUAAAUCUGUACCUGUGGUCGAUGUUACAGCCUUCCUUACCAAAAAGGGGGACACCUCUGCCCAAUGUGCCCAGGUAGCAGAAGCUCUCCACAAUUACGGAGCCAUUUGCAUCAAGGAUCCAAGAGUUAACGAUCGUCAUAAUGUCGACUUUUUGGAUAUGAUGGAAAAGUAUUUUGAAUCAAGAGCUGCCAAAUUCUAUAACAAUGAACAAGUCGAAGAUAUCUUCCCGAACUACGCAUAUUAAGUUGGAGCUACACCAGAGUUCGUCGAAAAGGCAAGAACACACAAAAAUGUUGUCAAAUAAUACACCAAAGAAAAUGAGGCUUUGACUCCAUAACCAGCUCCCUAUGAUGCCAAGUGGAGAUUCUUUUGGCCCAUCGAUGACUCAGGCAAAAGACCCAAGGAUGAAGAUUUCCAACCCCCAAGAUUCAGACCCAAAGAUGUUCCUUAGUUUGGAGAACGCAUGGAAUAAUGGGGCAAGAUGAUGAUCAAUGGAUGCUUGACAGUCGCUGAGAUGGCUGCUAUAGGUAUGAGCAUUCCAGCCGACUCGUUUACAAGUAGAAUGUAAAAUGGACCUCAUUUACUUGCUCCAACUGGUUCCGAUUUGGAUAGACACAAGCCAGGUACCAUUUUUGCAGGAUUUCAUUACGAUUUGAAUUUCCUCACCAUUCAUGGUAAGAGUCGCUAUCCUGGCUUGUAUGUUUGGUUAAGAAAUGGAGAGAGAAUCUCAGUUGCUGUCCCAGAAGGCCACUUGCUCCUCUAAGCUGGUGCUCAAUUUGAUUUGCUUACUGGUGGCUAUGUGACUUGUGGAUAUCAUGAAGUCAUUUACACAGAAGAAGCCAAAAAAAAAUAUGAAGAAAAUAAGAAGGCUGGAAAAAGUACAUGGAGAGUCUCCUCAACUCUGUUUUCACAUAUUAAUUCUGAUGUCACUCUCCAACCAUUGGAUAAAUUUGCCAAAACAGGAUUGUCACCUAAAUAUAAGCCAAUUAAGGCAUUUGACCAAGUCUAACAAGAAUUAGAAGCCAUCAAAUUAAAGUGAUAAUGAAUAUUCAAAAAAUUUUUAUAU